AUGGCCGCCGUCGGGGCGUCAGGCGGCUCGACAGAGACGGCGGGCAACGGGGGCGGAGCGCAGGCUUCCUCCUCCGCCGCCGCCGCCGCCGUUGCUACCACGACGGCUCCGGCCUCUUCCUCCACCCCUUCGUCGUCCUCCGUAGCCGGGGGAGCAGCGGCGGCGGCGGCGGCAUCAGCCGCCUCGUCGGUAGCAGGACCGCCCCAGCCCGCGGUGGGAGGGAGCGCCGGGCCCGGAGGCUCGGGGGCGGCGGUCUCCGGCGGGCCUGAGGCCACGGCAGGAGGAGGCGGAGGCUCCGCCGGUUCCUCGUCGUCGGCGUCCUCCGUGUCCGGGGCCGGCGGCGCUCCGGUGUCUUCGGGGGCGUCGGAGUCGUGGUACGUGGCGCUGCUGGGCUUGGCCGAGCACUUCCGCACCUCUAGCCCGCCCAAGGUGCGGCUCUGCGUCCACUGCCUCCAGGCCGUGCUGCCCCGCAAGCCCCCCGCUCGGGUCGAAGCCCGCACCCACCUCCAGCUCGGCUCCGUCCUCUACCACCACACGCGCAACGGAGAGCAGGCCCGCGGGCACCUCGAGAAAGCGUGGCUGAUAUCACAACAAAUUCCGCAGUUUGAAGAUGUCAAAUUUGAAGCUGCCAGCCUCCUGUCUGAGUUGUACUGUCAAGAGAAUUCUGUUGACACAGCAAAGCCACUGCUGCGUAAAGCCAUCCAGAUUUCACAACAGACGCCUUACUGGCACUGUCGCCUUCUUUUUCAGCUUGCGCAACUUCAUACGCUUGAAAAAGAUUUGGUCUCCGCCUGCGACCUUUUGGGAGUUGGAGCAGAAUAUGCCCGUGUGGUAGGAUCAGAAUAUACAAGAGCACUGUUUCUACUAAGCAAAGGCAUGCUGCUCCUCAUGGAGAGGAAACUGCAGGAGGUGCAUCCGCUGCUGACGCUUUGUGGGCAGAUCGUUGAGAACUGGCAGGGGAAUCCCAUCCAGAAAGAGUCAUUGCGGGUCUUCUUCUUGGUACUGCAGGUGACGCAUUACUUGGACGCUGGUCAGGUGAGUGACUGUGAUGCAUUCGAUGCAAGCUGGAUAUUUGGAGAAGGCCCAGAAAUACACCGACAAAGCCUUGAUGCAGCUAGAGAAACUCAAAAAUUUCACAGGUAUGCCAGCUCUGUCAGCAGUCUCCCAGGCUCUUCUCUAAUCAUGCUGCCCAGCUACAUGCCCUUCUGGGGCUGUAUUGUAUUUCUGUGAACUGCAUGGACAACGCAGAAGCACAGUUUACCACAGCACUUCGGCUCACCACCCAUCAAGAAUUGUGGGCUUUUAUCGUGACAAACUUGGCAAGCGUCUAUAUCAGGGAAGGAAACCGGCAUCAAGAGCUUUAUAGCUUGUUGGAAAGGAUAAACCCAGACCACAAUUUUCCGGUGAGCUCUCACUGUCUUCGAGCUGCCGCUUUCUACAUCCGAGGGCUGUUCUCCUUCUUUCAAGGAAGGUACAAUGAAGCCAAACGUUUUUUACGAGAGACACUAAAAAUGUCAAAUGCAGAAGAUCUAAACCGAUUAACAGCAUGCUCUCUUGUUCUUCUGGGUCACAUCUUCUAUGUGUUAGGGAAUCACAGGGAGAGUAACAACAUGGUAGUCCCAGCCAUGCAGCUGGCCAGCAAGAUCCCCGACAUGUCUGUGCAGUUGUGGUCAUCGGCCCUCCUGAGAGACCUAAACAAAGCAUGUGGGAAUGCCAUCGAUGCCCAUGAAGCAGCGCAAAUGCAUCAGAACUUUUCCCAGCAGCUGCUCCAGGACCACAUCGAAGCCUGUAGCCUCCCAGAGCACAACCUCAUCACC